CUUGGUUUAGUUAUAAAAGUCGACAGUACAUUUGAACAAAUUCGAAAGUGAAAGUGUACUGCGACAAAUAGGCACAGCACAUUUAUUGUUCAACGGUCUUGUCAGAGGAAGAUAAGGUCUAGUUAUUCGCACAAGUGUGAUUGAGAUAUUAUAUGAUAAAGGAUUAUUAGCAUUAUUUUCUGAACUAAUAUUUCCCGACUUCAUUUGGACGUCGUGAUUUUUCAGAGAUUUUACGCACGACAUGCCACCUUGCGUUAUUGAAAAAGACAGGUCGAGGGCCCUGUAUACAGUUAUGUGGUUGUGCACAUUGGCAGCUUGGUGUGUGUCUCUCUCCACUGCCACUUCAGACAUUUUCACAUGUUCGGUACCCGAGGAUCCGGUCUCGGCGCGGUUUGGACAUGUUGCCACCAUGCCAUGCUGGCUCACCCCUUCCAUGAACGCAGAGGACCUGGAGGUGCGUUGGUACCGGCCCAAAGAUUUCGACAACCCGGUCUUGCUCUACAGAGAGAGAAAGAUCCAGGAAGCCUCACAGCAGUCCCAAUUUGAGGGCCGCACCUCCCUUGGGCUCCGGGAGGUUACGUCAGAAGGGCUGAAGGGAGGGGAUGUGACCUUGAAGCUGGUUAAUGUCACUCUGAGAGACCAAGGGGAGUAUGUGUGCUACGUCAGCAGUAACCAGGGCUAUGAGAUUGCCAGUGUCUUUCUCAAUGUAACUGUGAUGGGCAGCCCUCCUCUCCUCUCAGCAGUCAGAACAGAUGCUGACUCUGUGAAUGUGAGCUGUGUUUCCCAUGGAUGGAAGCCAAGGCCCAGGCUACAGUGGUCAGAUGGGAGGCAGACUCUGAAACCUGAGAAGCUGGACUACAGCAGUGGGGCCAAUGGUCUGGUGUCUGCCCACAGCUGGGUCCUCUCUUCCCCCUCCAGUGCUCCCUGGGUAUCCUGUUCUCUGGUUCUGUCUGAAGGGGAGGAGUUGGAGGGAAGAGUGGACCUACGGAACCUUGCGUCUGUACCAGAGACUUCAUCAGGACUGCAAACAGCUGUAAUCAUUUUAGCUCUGCUUCUGCUCCUGUCCGUUGUCUUCAUCGGUGUGCUCUACAAAAAGAGAGGAAACAAAUCAACACGUGUGCCUGAAGGAGAUAUAGUGGAUAUCAAGACUAUGAGCCAAGUUGAAGAUUUAGUGGAUAUAGAGACUAUGAGACAAGCUGGAGUGGACGUCACAUUGGAUCCCAAGACAGCUCAUCGUCAUCUGACAGUUAGUCAAAAUGGUAAAAUUGUGAGAGACAGUGAAGAUAAUGUAUGUCCUCCGGGUAACCGUGCUUAUAUACUUGGAACACAUGGUUUUACCUCGGGCAACAGUGCUUACUGGGAGGUUAGACUGGAUAAGGAGAAUGUAGGCAUUAAAGAAUCCUGGUGGGUUGGACUUGCAAGUGGGUCUGUUAAAAGACAAGGUGAUGUACCAGCCACACCUUCCAAUGGUUUCUGGUUCCUGUCCUCAGACAAAGAGAAAGGCUUACGGCUUAAUAUGACCCCCAACAUCCUACUUCCUGCCAAUCCUAGACCUCAGACACUAGGUGUGUAUUUGGACUAUGACAAGGGAGUACUCUCUUUUAUCAAUGUAAAAGACAAUAAACUGAUUGUCACUGUGAGAGCUAUGUUCAUAGGGGAGGUGUUUCCUCUUUUUAACCCAGGUAAAGGUGACAAAGCCCCUAUGACGAUAUUAGAUGUCAGCCGCUAUAAAACAGACACUGUAAAAGUGUCUGUUUCUGAAAGAGAGAGCAAUGUCGCUCCACCUGUUGAAGAGGCUGAGACUGAUGCCCUUCUAGCUUCUAACCAAAGUCACAAUCAUCAGACUUCUGAAUCCAAAGACCGUUAAAUGUCUGUGAAUAAACUACAGCACUAUGUAUUAACACAUUGUUUUGUGUAUCAAGUGCACUUCAUAUUAGGGUGUGUACAGUAGUAUUCUGUACUGGUCCAAUUCAUCAUCUCCUUGCUCUUCUCCUUUGUCUGCAGUGCAAUUUGAUUUGAUUUGACUACCAUGGAAACAUAUGAUUGGUGAAAGCAGUGUAGUAGGUGGAUGUAGUAGGUGGAAGUAGUAGGUAGAUGGAUGUAGUAGGUGGAUGGAUCGAUGGAUGUAGUAGAGAUAUAGUAGAUGGAUGUAGUAGUAGAUGGAUGUAGUGGAUGGAUGGAUGUAGUCGAGAGAUGUAGUUGAUGGAUGUAGUAGUAGAUGGAUGUAGUGGAUGGAUGGAUGUAGUCGAGAGAUGUAGUUGAUGGAUGUAGUAGAUGGAUAUCUACUUGGUGUUUGGUUUGACCAUCCCCUGUUUUUCCCAGCAGUGCAGAGAACAGGAGACAGUUGAGAAGCUCCUUGCAAUAUAGCCGCUCUCUAUAGUGUUCACUAUUAUUAUUUUAAUGGUAGAGCCAUCUGGUGACAUUUCAUUUGAAACCGUAGAUUUUUCCCUUUUAUAGAGCAAUGUACUACUGCUUACUUGAAAAGAUCAGAUUAUAUUGACUAGAGUAUGUGCAUUUAAAAACAACAAAAAUUCUACUGGGGAAAAUCAUUUUCAACAUCCAACUUGAAAACCUGGCCAUCUUUCUAGAGCUCCAUCUUUCUGACCUGAAGUUCACUGACUUCAUGAUUUGACCUCGUUUUUUUUCCAAGUUCACAGUUGUCUUGAAAGCAACAUGACCAUCACAUGCAGGUACCAUCAGUUCUGUAAAAUAAAAAGCAAAUUAUUUCUUUUUAUGCUCAGCUGUGCGUCGCAAGUGCUACACCAACUGCUCUAUUUUGUUAUCAAAGCUUGAGUUUUGAAAUUUAAUAUGGUCUGAGAAGAACAAUAUUGGCAGUCUAGGCCUUUAGCCAAUAUCCUGUGAUAGGCCUCCUGUAAAAACCUAAUACACUAAUUCCUACAGAACUGUUUUUAUUAUUUGAAUGUAAAAAUCUCCAAAUCAUGUUUAAAAGAAAAAAAUCUGAGCAGUUGAUCUCGGCUUGCAAUAUGGUUUCUGGUUGUGGGAGUCUCACCUGGCCCAAUGGGCAAACAGAAAUGCUUUACUGGACUUCUUAGCCUGCGUUUACACAGGCAGCCCAAUUUUGAUCUUUUUUUUUCACUAUUUGGUCUUUUGACCAAUCAGACCAGGUCUGAAAAGAUCUGAUGAGAAAAUAUCUGAUGUAAUUGGUUAAAAUACCAAUUAGUGGAAAAAAUAUGAAUUACUGAGGAUAAUAACGGACGAUAUUGCCACUCCUAUUUGCCAUAUCUUUAUACCAUCUAUUGCAUCUAGCCUAUGCCGCUCGGUCAUUGCUCAUCCAUAUGUAUAUAUUCUUAUUCCAUUCCUUUACUUAGAUGUGUGUAUUAGGUAGUUGUUGUGGAAUUGUUAGAUUACUUGUUAGAUAUUGCUGCACUGUCGGAACUAGAAGCACAAGCAUUUCGCUACACUCACAAUAACAUCUGCAUGUGACCAAUAAAAUUUGAUUUUAUUUGUCUAAUUCCAGCCACACAGCCUUGGAAGUGAACAGAAAAGCAUUCACUCAAUUACAUUGCUUUUCAUAAAGCAAUAUAAUUUUGAAAAAAUGCGACUGAUAUCGAUAUAGAUUUUCCAUAUCGCUUCCCUUCAGUGCUUUUACCUCUUGUCCAUUUAUCUAUACAAACAAGCUAAAACUGCACACCUCUGAGAACAACCCAUCUCGACCAGCUGACAGCUAAUUAUGCCAGCUAGCUAAUUCAAGGGCAAGGAAAGGUGUGGGAGAGAGACAUCCGCACAAGCUCAGCAAUCCACAUAAAGAGACACACAUGCAAUUAUUGAACUUUGCUUUAUCUUGGCCAGGUCGCAGUUGUAAAUGAGAACUUGUUCUCAACUAGCUUACCUGGUUAAAUAAAGGUGAAAUAAAAAAAAUACAAGUGUUCACGCUGUGAGAAAUUCUACGUCACAAUCAAAUCAUAUAAAAUGUGUUUGUCACGUGCCCGAAUACAACAUUUCACCUUAUAGUGAAAUGCUUACUUACACGCCCUUAACCAACAAUGCAGUUUUAAGAAAAAUACCUAAAAAAAACCAAGAAAUAUAAGUAACAAAUAAUUAAGAGCAGCAGUAAAAUAACAAUAGCGAGGCUAUAUACAGGGGGUACCGGUACAGAGUCAAUGUGCGGGGCACCGGUUAGUCGAGGUAAUUGAGGUAAUAAAUACAUGUAGGUAGAGUUAUUAAAGUGACUUAUGCAUAGCUAAUAACAGAGAGUAGCAGGGGGUAGAAGCUGUUUAGAAGCCUCUUGGAAGCUCUCAACCUGCUCCACUACAGCCCCGUCCAUGAGAAUGGGGGCAUGCUCAGUCCUCCUUUUCCUGUAGUCCUCAAUCAUCUCUAUAGUCUUGAUCACGUUGAGGGAGAGGUUGUUGUCCUGGCACCACACGGCCAGGUCUCUGACCUCCCUUUAUGCAGAUGUCUCGUCGUUGUUGGUGAUCACUGUUGCGUCAUCGGCAAACUUAAUGUUGGAGUUGUGCCUGGCCGUGCAGUCAUGAGUGAAUAGGGAGUACAGGAGGGGACUGAGAACACAAUCUGAACGUCUGGGAAUAUUUACACGACACCCAUCACUAGUCAGGAUGUUUCCAAAUAUAUAUUUAGUGAUUUUUUUUUGUAUUGACAGAAUUUCUAAUUCCAUGUAUUAGCUACAUUUAUAUAAUGUCAAGACAAUGUAACGUGUCAGUUAUGAAUGUGUUUCUCGUUAAAAAAAAAUAUUAUGGUUUAUUUUUCAGUAAUGUUGUGGUAGUGCUAAUGUUUUUCCUACUGAAUCUGUCACCAUAAUGUAGCCAAUACUAAAGAAGUUCCCUUGAAAAAGGAGUGUAUAUAUAAGCUGUCUAAUUUUUUAUUGUUGAUUAGUAAUUAUGUACAUUGUGCCAAUAUAAUAUUGUAAAUGACAAAAAAAUGAAUAAAAAAACUGUCAUCAUAAACAAA